AUGUGCUUGACACCAGCCACGCCGAGGACCUUGCCCAUCAUCGCGCCGCACGAGUUCACACCUUGGCUGCUGCGGAAGGGCAUCGUCGAGCUGGACAACGGUGAGUCCGCCAAGUUCUGGGAGCACAUGAAGGCCCGGGGUGUCAAGUGGGCGCAGGGGGCAUCUACCACAAGUGGUGGAGAAGUAUUUCACCCAUUGGGGCUGUACGGAGAUGAGGCCAAGUACACCGACAGUGGAGAACAAAUCUUGGCUAUAUUCAUGAGACGCUUGGUUAAAAGUAAAAUCUGUUUUUUUGCAGUACGAGGGCAACCAAUCAUUUCUAUUUGCAAUUUGCAAGCUUUAAUAUUGCAUCAUUUUGACAUGCCCUCUCGACUGGUUCCCGAAAGUUUGUUUGGUGCCAUUUUUGCAACCAAGGUUACCCCUUAUGGGACAGCAAGAGGAAAUCAGUGUGGCAAUCAAGGUUCCCGGUCUUCUGCUUGCACGCCGCGAAAUCUUUAG